AGAACACCCACCCAACUCAGAGAGAGAUGGAUUCUAUCAACUCCUUCAAAGGCUACGGGAAGGUGAAGGAGGCGGAGGAGCAGGCCUUCCGAAAGAAGACCCGACGCCGUCUCACGAUCAUCGUCGUUUCUGUGAUCAUCUUGGUCAUGAUCAUCGUCGGGGCAGCCGUCGGAUCCGUUAUCCACAAGAAGAACAGCAGCUCCGACGGAUCCAAGCCGUCGACAUCGGCCCCAGUUGACUCCUUGAAAGCCGUCUGCAGCGUCACGCAGUACCCGGAUUCGUGCCUCACUAGCAUCGCCUCCAUCGAGAGCAGCUCGGAUAAGGCGGACCCGGAAGAGCUCUUCAAGCUGUCGUUGAAAGUGGCCAUUGAUGAGCUGUCUAAGAUCUCCACAUUGCCUGAUCGACUCGCGGCCGGCACGACCGAUCAACGGCUGAAACUAGCUCUAGCCGAUUGCAAAACCAUGUUCGAAGAUGCCAUCGAUGAGCUGAAUACCUCUUUGUCGUCGAUGCUUCCGGGCAAGGGAGAGAAGCUGCUGUCCGAUGCGAAGCUCGCUGACAUCCGGACGUGGAUCAGCACCGCGGCCACCGAUCAGGACACGUGCCUGGACGGAUUGGCCGAAUUUUCUCAGGAAUUACGAAUCCAGAUGGAGAAGGAAAUCCGGAAUUCGACACAAUUCACGAGCAAUUCCCUGGCAAUUGCAACGAAGAUCAUGACCAUUCUCGAGAAGCUCAACGUCCCGAUCCAUCGGAAGCUGUUGUCCGUCGGAUUCCCAGGAUGGGUGUCGUCCAAGGAUCGGAAGUUGCUUCAAGAAGCGAAGCCGACGCCGGAUGUGACCGUUGCCAAGGACGGCACCGGCCAAUUCAAGACGAUCGCCGAGGCGGUCGCUUCAGUGCCGAAGAAGAACGAGAAACGGUACGUGAUCUACGUCAAAGAAGGCGUCUAUGUGGAGAACGUGAUCAUCGAUAAGUCGAAGUGGAACGUGAUGAUGUACGGGGACGGUCAGGAUAAGACGAUCGUGUCCGGCAGCAAGAACGUCGUCGACGGGACACCGACAUUCUCCACCGCUACUGUCGCUGCUGUUGGAAGGAACUUCAUAGCAAAAGACAUGAGCUUCAAGAACACAGCUGGUCCAAAGAAGCACCAAGCAGUCGCGCUGCGUGCCGGCUCUGAUCGGUCCGUCUUCUUCCAAUGCUCCUUCGACGCCUUCCAAGACACUCUCUACGCGCACUCUAACAGACAAUUCUACCGAAACUGCGAUAUCACUGGCACCAUCGAUUUCAUCUUCGGCAAUGCAGCUGCCAUCUUCCAGGACUGCACCAUCCGACCCCGCCAACCAGAUACAAACCAGCUGAACACGAUCACCGCACAAGGAAAGAACGACCCAAAUCAAAACACGGGCAUAUCAAUCCAACAGUGCCAGAUAACUGCAUUCGACAAUUUAACGGCGCCCACUUAUCUCGGCAGACCAUGGAGGCCAUAUUCAACGACGAUCAUCAUGCAGUCAGGUAUAUCGAACAUAGUACAUCCCGCCGGAUGGUUGUCGUGGAUCAGCAACACCGUGCCGCCGAAGACGAUAUUCUAUGCCGAGUAUGAGAACACUGGGCCCGGAUCCAACGUGGCCAAUCGGGUGACGUGGCCCGGGUAUAAUCCGGCGGUUACUGAGAAUCAGGCAUUGAGAUUUACUGUGAAUUCGUUCAUCCAGGGAAGUGAGUGGUUGCCGGAGACAGGGGUGCUGUACGGGGCUUCGUUGUGAUUGGAUAUUGGACGGUUGGGAUGUGUCGCGUGCGGCACGUGGGAGAUCAUAGAUAGAUAAAAGAGAGAACGAGUGUGUUGUUCGUGGGUUUUUCUUAUUGGUGUAAGUAAUUACAUUCAUUCCUACAAGAUUUCAUUUUGCCAUAUACGAUUUCUUUCGACCACAUAUAAGUUAUUUUCCUAUUAUAAUUUUUCAGAUAUAAUCCUCACCUUUGAUAUUUAGAGUUGAA